AUGAGAAUCCUCAGUUGGAAUGUCAGGGGACUGGGGGCCCCUGACAAGCACCGGAUGGUAAAACACCAUCUGGGAAAAGCAAAUUGCGAUACAGUCAUGUUACAAGAGACAAAAUGUGGAUUAACUGAAGGAGAAAACUUCAUCAAGUACUGUAGGAGUUGGAUUGGUUCUUUCCAAGUUGUUGAGGGGCUCUCGGGGGGUCUGGGAAUUUUAUGGAAUCCGAAUAAAGUCAAUAUUAAAAUCAUGGGCAAAAGUAAACAUUGGAUUUCAGAUCAUGUUCAAAGCAAAAUCUCAUCCACCUCCUUCCCUCUAUGGAACAUCUACGGACCCACCCAAUCACCGGAUAAAAGUAAAUUAUGGGAGUUGAAUGAGCAAAUUAGCCUAUUUGGAUCUAACAACUAUAUCAUUGGUGGUGAUUUCAAUGUUAUUCUGGACCUAUCUGAAAAGAAAGGAGGCACAAAUAAGAUUAGCAGGGAUAUGGUGGGCUUUAGGGACUUCAUUCAAGGGAUAGAGGCUGUGGUUUGCAUUCCAUCUGAAGGAUGGUUCACUUGGACAAACAAGAGGCUAGGCUUCACCAAUAUUGUUGAGCACAUGGACAGAUUCCUGACGGGAUCAAGAUGGAUGAUGGAGGGAAUGCCAAUCAUUGCGAAAACUCUUGCUUAUUGUUUGUCAGAUCACUUUCCCAUCAUGUUGGAGAUGGGUUCUGAAACCCGGUGGGGUGGAGGUUAUUUCAAAUUCCAGAACAUGUGGUAA